AUGGCGGGUAACAAGGUGGAGACAGCUGCGGGAGAGAAUUUCAAAGAAGAAGCUGGUGUGUCCCAUGAUCGACGACAUGAGUCGCCAUGUAGUUUUGAGGAGAUUUUAGUUGAUUGGAGAGGCAGACCUACUUGCCAACCUAACCAACAUGGCGGAAUGACUGCUGCUGCUUUUGUACUAGGCCUUCAAGCUUUCGAAAUGAUGGCAAUUGCUGCUGUUGGGAACAAUCUGAUUACCUAUGUAUUCAACGAGAUGCACUUCCCUCUGUCCAAGUCGGCUAACAUCGUAACAAACUUCGUAGGAACUGUUUUCCUGUUGUCCCUUUUCGGAGGAUACCUGUCUGAUUCUUAUCUUGGGAGUUUUAGGACCAUGUUAAUUUUCGGCGUCGUAGAGCUUUCUGGGUUCAUCUUAUUAGCCGUCCAAGCCCAUCUACCGCAACUGCGUCCACCCAAAUGUGACAUGAUGGCAUCCACUGCUGGAGGCCAUCACUGUUUGGGAGCAAAAGGCUUCGAGACCUGGAUAUUCUUCUUGGCUCUCCACCUGGUAGCCUUAGGAAGCGGUUGUCUAAAGCCAAACAUCAUAUCCCAUGGAGCUGACCAGUUCAGCAAGAACGAUUCCAAGCAAUUCAGGAGGCUGUCGACUUAUUUCAACUGUGCAUAUUUCGCCUUUUGCUCCGGGGAGCUUGUUGCCCUGACAGUUCUAGUUUGGGUUCAGACGCAUUCAGGGAUGGAUGUAGGCUUUGGAGUUUCUGCAGCUGUUAUGGCCGUGGGAUUGCUUUGCUUGAUUUCUGGGUCUGCUUUUUACGUGAACAAGCCACCCCGUGGAAGCAUUUUCACUUCUAUUGCCCAGGUUCUUGUUGCUGCAAUCACAAAGAGAAAACAAAUUUGCCCUUCCCAGUUAGAGAUGUCCCAUGGAAGCCAAGACACAGGGCCCCAAGGCUUUUCUAGCCCGUCAGCAAGCGCCAUCGGUCUCCGGCAUACAGAAAAGCUCAGGAAUAUACAGAAUAGAACUGGGACGAGUGAAAGUCGAUGGAGAUUAUGCAGUGCUUCACAAGCGGAGCAAGUGAAGAUACUUAUCUCUGUUGUCCCCAUAUUUGCGUGCACGAUCAUCUUUAACACCAUAUUAGCUCAGCUCCAAACAUUCUCCGUCCAACAAGGAACUACAAUGAAUACGCGCAUCGCCAAGAAUUUCAGGAUCCCUCCAGCAUCUCUUCAGUCUAUUCCUUAUAUCAUGCUCAUAUUUGUGGUUCCCCUCUAUGAGACUGCAUUCGUCCCGAUAGCCCGAAAAGUUACAGGAAAGGAAUCAGGAAUAUCCCCUCUGCAAAGGGUUGGCAUCGGCCUCUUUAUUGCAUCUUUCUCAAUGGUUUCAGCUGCAAUAAUUGAGAACAAAAGAAGAAACUUUGCCUUAGAAUUCAACAAAAGCCUCUCAAUUUUCUGGAUAGCUCCGCAGUUCCUGAUAUUUGGGCUGUCAGAGAUGUUCACUGCUGUGGGGCUGGUUGAGUUCUUCUACAAACAGUCUUUGGAAGGGAUGCAAUCCUUUCUUACCGCAAUGACUUACUGUUCAUAUUCAUUUGGGUUCUAUUUGAGUUCCCUCUUAGUUUCGUCAGUAAACAAAAUUACCUCGUCUGGUCCUUCGGGAGGGGGCUGGCUCAGUGAUAAUGACCUCAACAAAGAUAGACUAGACCUGUUUUAUUGGCUCCUAGCUGCUCUUAGCCUCGUCAACUUCUUCAACUAUCUUUUCUGGUCAAAUUGGUAUUCAUAUAGUCCAUCUUUACCCCCAACUGCGGCUCCUCCACUGCAGGAGAAUCAGAGACGGGACGAUGUUGAUGACAAGAACAACGACGGCCGGCACCGUACAUUCGUAUGACUUCACUUCCAUUUUGGUUUUGACCCUCCUGUACCUAAUUAAGCUAUACUAGCUAGUAGAA